AUGGAGUCGUCUCAACAAUACCAACAGCUACAACUCGACAGCCUCGAGAUGGCCCAGAAGCCCAGCACCCUCUCCUUCCUCGGCCGUCGCACACAUGCCCCCCGCCCAAUCUCAGAAGCCACCGAGAUCUUCGACACCGACAGCGAGCAGGAUCCUCUGGAUCUUCCAGAAGAUGCUGAUAGUGAGUCUACCUUGUCCAGCCGCGAUGACGUUCCCACGCCACCUCAUACCGGCGGCCUGGGUGGCUUCGAAUUCCACUUUGAUGAAAAGUGCGUCAUCGGACCUCAGGGACCUCAUCUCUUCCAACAGACCCCAGAGAUCCUCGCCCAAUCAGACGAGCAGCUCUUCAUGGGAAUGUCUCCCCUGACAGAUGCAAAGUCGGUCCAACAGCCCUCACACCUAACCAAUCUGACCCAUGCCGUUGCCGAACUCGACGAGGCACAGGUCAGGGACUGGACUCCUCGCCAGGUCGCCGAGUGGAUGGCCGAGUCUGGCUUCGAGCCGUCUCUAGUCGACAAGUUCUUGAUCCACGAUAUCUCAGGCACCGUUUUGAUCGACCUUCAGUUUGAGGAUCUCAAGGAACUCGACAUCAGCUCCUUUGGCAAGCGACAUCGCGUCAUGAGCUCCAUCCAACAACUCCGAAACUCGAGCAUGAUCUCGCCCGAGCACUCUCCCAUCUCAAGAACGUCGUCGAGGAACGCCCGCAGCCCUCGCUCCCUCCAAAGACCCGCCCGCGCAGAUGAAUGCCAAGUCGUGGUCCGCUCUUGCUCACAUUCGCGACGACCCUCCAGGCAGAAUGACGCCAUCACCCCGGCCGAAUCCAUCUCCAUCGUUGGCAUUGAGCAGGUCCUACCCAAAGAGCACAAGUGCGCCAAGGGUGAGGACUGUUCCAAGUGGCAGAAGCAACAACGAAGAAUCCUCCGUAUGCGACAGGCUUUUGAGGAAGAGACCUCGCGUCGUGUCUCCACCUCCCAGUCCGAUGUCGAGGCCGCCGCUCCCUCGAUUGUGGGUUCAUCAGACGUUCUGGGACCAUCUGCUGUACGAAUCACCCCUGAGGCCCUCAACUCUCUCCAGCCCCGAGAUCCACAGGAGAGCGUCCGCCAAUUCCUCAACUUUCAGCACAUCCACCAUAACUCUCCUUCCCCAGCUGCCUCGACAUCGUAUGUGGCCAAGUCUGCCCACAUUGAUGUCCACCUCCGAGAUCUGCCCAAGCUCACCAUCCCAUCUCACGCCAGCCUUGAUGACAGCUCCUCUCGCACUCCCAUCUCGGCACUUCAACAACCCACCCAGAUCCAGGCCCACCUCAAGGCCCAACUCAAGGCCGAUCCAUACCACUAUGGUGGUGUUGCCUCGCCAGCUGAUAUUUACCGCAUCGACACUCCCAUGUCCGCAGUUGACCUGCCUCUCACCGCCAUGAUGGCCGAUCCCUGCCAACGCGAUGCAUCCCAGUCGGUUCCUCCAGAUAUGCGCUUUGGCGCCCCUGCUGCCGUGACACCGGACUAUGUUUCGCGAUCGCCUUCGACCCAACCACAUCGAAGACAUCAUCGACAACCCUCCUUCACUCCCUCCGUCGCCCCGGUCAAGGAGAACAUCGAUCACGCACAACGAGCUCCUAACCGACGCACCGAGGUCGACCUUGCCCAUCAUCAAGGAUGGGUCCGCAAGCGCAAGACGAGCCGCAUGCUUCGACACGAGUGGCAGAAGAAUUACUGCACUCUGGUCGGCAAUAAGCUCACCAUGCACGACAGCGACUAUGCUCAUGCCCCCGCGACUGAAGACAUCAACGUUGACGACUACACUGUCCACGCACAGUGUCUCGCGUCCAGUUCCAAGUUGUCGGCCGCGUUCAAGAAGAGCGUCCUCGGACAAGAAGAAACCUCUCUUGAGCGUGCCUUUGCAUUCACGCUCACCCCUGACGCCGACAAAGGCCGAAGCUUGUUUGACACCAAGUCCAAGGCUCACUACUUUGCGGUUGACAACUCGAGGGAGCGAGUCGAAUGGAUGAGAAAGCUGAUGCUUGCCAAGGCCAUGAAGAAGAACGAAGACAUUUCCAUCUAG